AUGGGUUGUUGUAAACCAAACUUCACACUCUGCAACAAAUCAACUUCUAUUUAUUUUGAAAAAAUAUGGCCACACAGAGUUUCCAAAGAUGGAAGGACAUUAUUGAAAACUCCAAGUAACAUUCCACUGCAAAAUAAGUCUGGUGGCAAAUACAUUUACUAUUGUUUGGAAACUAAUAUUUUAAAAAAUUUAAUUAAAUUUCCAGAUCUUGAGAAAAUUGAGUUAGUUGUUAAUGUUGAUGGGAUCCCAUUAUUUAAAAGCACAUCAGUAGCUUUAUGGCCCAUACUUUGCUCAUUUUCAAGUAUCCAACCAUUUGCUGUAGCUAUUUUCUGUGGCAAGAGCAAACCUUUAUAUGAAGAAAGCUUUAUGUUUGAUUUUGUAAACGAGUUAUUAAUUUUAUUACAAAAUGGAAUCAAAACUCCAUAUAAACAUUACCUAGUUUCCCUUAAAUCAUUUUGUUGUGAUGCUCCAGCUCGACAAUUUUUGAAGUCAAUAAAUAGCCAUAAUGGAUACAAUUCAUGUGAGCAAUGUGUUAUUCGUAGUGCUAUAUUAAUCAUCGACAAGUUUUUUUAG